AUGAAAAGACGCCCGUCGACACACUACGAUGAAGACGAUGGGGCAGAUAUUCUCGCUCAUAUGGGCUUGUACCCGGCAGAGACUUGCUAUCCAGAUUCAACCCUGAAGGUAGAAAACCCAGGAGCAUUCACAUCUGUGUUUGCUAACAACAGUCAAACUAUAUGUAAUACAACAUGGACACCUGACAAGACAGUUGUAUAUAUCGAUGGCUGCAGAAUGGAUGACAGUAUAUUUGUAUGCUUCAGUUACAACAACCCAAAUUUAAAUAAAGUGAUUGGGGGCACUACCAUGGAGGUCUACUCUAUUAACUGCGCUGAAAUCCCUGCUAGUGGAGUGUUUAAAACAAUUAGUGAUGGUUUUCAUGUGCAAGUAAACCAGGAGAACUCGUCAGAAUAUAUGUCAUUGGAGCCUGAUCAUGUUAUAACCUCUGGUAUUUACAUGGAUUACGCUGGAACGAUACUGGUCACAGAAGCUUAUGUUAGCUCAGUAUACUUUUGGGUGAUGAAAUCUAGCAUAAGGAAAAACCGCAUUAGACCUUACGAAUGUUGGGCAUAUGCAGGAAAGAAUAUUUCGGAUACAGUUCCAAAAAGGCUCAUCUAUGAAAAGGGCUGCACUGUAGAUGGUCAACUAGUUGGUGAUUUCUACGGGUAUACACCCCACUCAAAUAGCUAUAACACACGUGCUAUAUUUACCGUCUUCAAGUUUUACGGAUAUGAUUAUGUGACAUUUGAGUGUACGGUUCGAGUAUGUCCACUCAUCGAUGGUCAACAUGGAAUAUCAUUUUGUAACUCAAACGUAUGUGACACUAGAAAAAAGAGAGAAUUUGAAGUUGCUGUUGGUGUAGAGGAUGUAUCUGUUAAGAGCAGUUUUCGUGUGGUAGAUCAAUACAUGUAUUCCAGUUCUGACUCAGCGGUGGAAUGGCUUGUGGUCCCAUGCCUCUUAAUGGCGCUAUUGUACAGACUUACAAGAGAAUAAGGUUAAGUAACUGUGGAACAGCCUUGCAGUGUCGAAAGCAGUUGCCAAUGAAUUCUGUACUGUAUAAAGUAAUGAUAAGGAUGUGUUUAAGUAACCAUGGAAUAGGCUUGCAAUGACGAAAGCAAUUGCCAAUGAAUACUGUACUGUAUAAAGUAGUAAGAAUAAGCUUAGUAACAACGGAACAGCCUUUCAAUGAAAUGAAUUUUGUACUGUACAAAGUAAUAAAUUACCUGAGAAAUUAUUAUUAAAAGUCAUGCAUAUACCUAA